AUGGCAAGUAAGAAUAAUUUUUGUCAUCAGAAAAAGGAAAAACAAAAAAUCAACAAUGUGGACAAUGCUAGAGAGGUGAACACACAUAAAAGACUCAUAAUGUGGAACCGAAACUGUAAAUCACUCCAUUUCAAACUUACAAAUACUUAACUGAUUGAUUACACAUGGAACACAUUGAACUUUGAUGAACUUACCUCGGUCCUCUAUAUGUUGCCAAGACUAGGCGCUUUCUUCUUCAAGUAACUUUUCUAAGGAUCUACGCUUUGAAUCCACACUUGAAUCAACCAAAAUGCAUCUAAAUCUGAUGUGCAACCUCAAUAUUGUUUCAUGCAACCUGACUAAAUGUUAGGACAUUCAAAGUUAAGUUCUUCUGCCCCUAAACAACGACUUAAAUGUGUAAGAAUUUUUAUGAGAGAAUGGGAAUACACAUGUAGGGCUGUGAAUAAUUAAAUGAAGAUAUUUUUGUCUUUUUGGCCACAAUAAGAUUAGAUAAGGGUUAAUUUCUUCUCGAAUUGAUUUGAAGCAUUGAAUUUGAAGGUCUUGUCGUAGUCAUAAGAUCUUCCUCAAUGUUGAGAUCCACUACACCCUUGAUAAGUAUGUUCCAUCUGCUAUUAAUUGUGUAAGCAUUUUCGACAGCUUUUGAUUUCUUCACUUAACGAUGCUGCGUGUCAGUGUCUCAGUCCAUGAUUCUGUCACCUCAUCUCCACAAAUCAUAUCUCAUUUGUCGAAGCAUAUAUCGGUUUCCUAAAAACCAUAAAAACAUUCGAAGUCUGAAUUACGAGGGUUAACACUGCAAAACAUCUUCAGGCAGCGCCGCUCCCCUUCUUUCUCUGCUUGUAGACGAAGGAACGAGCCAAGUAGAGGUACAAGAGGAGCUCGACGGAGCUCAGCGCCGCCAAAAACCAGUAGAAGUAGUCGAGGUGGGCACGAUUCAGGUUGUCGGAGAACCAGUCCUCCCCCCACCAGGUGCUCACGUUCUCGAUUACCAAGAUGAAGAAGCCGCUGAUGAAGCUCCCAACGCCGAAGAUGCUCAGAUAGAGGGCGAAGCCCAAGCUCCUCAUCGAGACGGGCACCUGGUCGUAGAAGAACUCUUGCAGACCCACCACGGUGAAGACGCUGGAGACCCCGAAGAGGACAUACUGAGGAACGAGCCACCACAGGCUCAUGGGGAUGGCGACGCCAGGUAAGUCUACCAGUCCGAGGUCUCUGGCGGUUUGGAGCCUCUUCGUCUCCACCUUGGCGGCGAUGGCCACGGCGAAGAUUGAGAGAACCAUGCCGACGCCGAUCCUCUGGAGCAUCGUCAAGCCAGAGGGCCGCCCGGUGAAGGCUCUGGUUAUAGGGACGAAGAGGCGGUCGUAGAUGGGCACGAAGGCUAGGACGGAGAGGUGGAUGAAGCUCUGGAGCGCCGCAGGGGGGACGAGGAAGGAGGGGGUGAUUCUUCUGUCCAUGGUGCUGCCCUGCUUCGUGAAGAAGGUCGUGGACUGGGCAAGCACAACGGCGUACAGCAAGCAGGUUACCCCGAUUGGGAGCAAUCUGAGGACCGCUCGAGGACCCUCUGCGACACCCUCCUCCUCCCCGGCAGACCUGCAGAGUGGGAACCCCAUGAGGAAUGAGAAGAUCAUGUUUACAUUAGAACAGGCUUUUCCAGGGUCCGGAGGAUCCUUACCCCCCACGGAGGAGAGCUUCCUUCGCUUCUUCGUGGGGCAGCCCACGCUGGCUGCUCGAGAAAUUGCAGUCGGCUCCGGCGAGCUGCGCGAGGGGGUUCUUGCCGGAGGGAGCGCAGUAGCGGUAGGUCCUCGUACCGGCCAAGAAGAGGACGAGGGAGAUCGCCAUGGAAGCACAAGGCAGCCCAAAUCCGAGUCCCCAGCCGAUGUUGUCCUGGACGUAAGACAUCAGCAGCACCGUGAACGCCAUGCCACUGGAGACCCCGAAGUGUAGCCAGUUGAAGAAGGAGCCCCUGGACCUGCACUCUUUUGGGUCGUCGCCGUCGAACUGGUCGACCCCAAAGGCCUGCGUGCAGGCCUUGUGACCGCCCUGCGCGACAGCCACCAGGUACAAUGCGGAGAAGAAGAACGCAAUCUGGAAUUGGGAGGGGAGGCAGCUCUCCCGGCUGCCGCUGUCGCUGCCGCACUCCGGUGGACGGAGCGACGGCGCCACCGCUGAAGCCACCAGCAUCGCCAGACCCUGCAGGGAUGUAGAUCAUACGGCAGAAGGGUACACCCGAUGUACGGUGAGUAAAUUCUUCGUCGCGUAAAACCAGUAGCCCUUCUUUUCAAGGUACAAUUAGACGAAUUUGUAAGCAAUAUGGCGAGGAUUUGUCAAGGGUCUGACCACAAGACGAUUUCGGAUGGAGAGCAGGAACGAACCAGGACGUAAAGAAGGGAGGAUACGACGGUGGUGCGGUAGCGCCCGAGGAAGUAGUCGCCGAUGAAUCCGCCGAGGAGGGGGAGCAUCAGGGACACCCCGGUCAACGUGUUCAUGUUGGCGGCGGCGGAGGCAGUGGACUCCUGGAAGGGUCCCGUCAGGUAGCUGAUGAGGUUCAUGGAGAUGCCGGUGUGGGCGAAAUUCUCCGACAACUCGGCCCCUUCAGCACAACGGCGGUGGCGGAGAUUUUGGUCACUGGUGGUCGCCGUGUCUCACUGAAAAGCGGAGAAAGAAGACGGUGGCGGGAGGCACUUACCGAUGAUGAAGGCGGCGGAGGGCCAGCCGCCGGCGGCUCCCCGGGAGAAGAUCGGCUGCCCGAGGUGGUCGACGACGCCCUCUAUCGGUAGCGGGGCGUCCUCCUGUGUUUCCAUGGUGAGUCCUCCGGCGGGGGAUCUGACCAGUAUGUGACGAUCAGGUUUCCACGAGGUUUGAGGAGGAACUAGGAAAUCUGUUUAUGGUUGUCUGUGCGUGGAGCCCCCACUUGACCAUAAUGGAGACCCGACUUAAAUCACUCACUUCUCUGACAACUUGGGCUCCUGAAGGAUUCCCCAGAGCCUGAUGGAGUACCAGGAACGUCGAAUAGAGUCUAAAAAAUACCACUGCUGACAAACAGAUAUUUUGUAGUGUGGGCCAGGUCGGGGGUGGUCCAGUCGGAUGAUGGGCUGGGGGGAAUCUUCCGACUGGAUCGCAGGUGUCUGUCUUUUUAUUUCCUAAUGGACUAAAAACAGAUAUUUCCUACCGAAUGGUGUAGAGAGAUGUAGCUUCACAGGUGUUUGUCUUUUUAUGACUAUCUUGAUGGAUCGGUUGGUACAGUUCUACUGGCCAAGUUUAUUAUUUUCUUUAUUUUUUUCAUAAUAUCAAGGUCUAAGGGUGAGAAAUUAUAGUAAUACCAUAUUUACUAUAGUUUUGUAAUUAUGUCCUCUUAUAUUUCUUCACCUAUAAGUUUUUUGGAUCCCUCAGUUCAGCAUAAGUGAAUCUGAAUAACUGGAUCCAAUCCACUAGAUUUAUGUCAAUAUAAAUAAAUAUAAGAGAAUCAUCAUUUUAAUUAUAUUUUUCAUUUGUAUCCUUUACCUUUCUCUCUCCUCUCUCAUAAAUAAAUAUCUCUCUUUGUUGCUGCCACCUCUGAUGACUAGGGAACCUAUUCUUCUCUAACAACUACACCAUGGUAUCAUAGUACUCUAGGUGACCUUGUUCCACUCUUAUUGUUCAUGUAGAUGCCACUUCUUGGGCAGAUCAUCUUACUCAAGGAAGAAACCUUUUGUUUGCCCUAAUUUAUGUAAUUCAGUUUUUUUGGUUCUAUUUUGAAUAAUUUGUUGUUAUCUAGCCACUCUAAAGGUGAUCUUGAACAUUUUUAUUUCUCUACUUACUGCUUGGAGGUGAGAAAGCAUAUCUAUUCAUAGUGAGAAUGGUGAAUUCUAAAUUAUUCUAUACAUGACCCUUAAUUCUUGAUUUGGUUCCAUCUUUUGAGGAGAUUGGGAGCACGGCAUUUACUAGCUGAACAAUUUGUUGUUAUCUAGCCACUCUAAAGGUGAUCUUGAACUUCUUUAUCUCUUUGCUUACUACUUGGAGGUGAGAGAGCAUAUCUAUUCAUAGCAGGAAUGGUGAAUUCUAUAUUAUUCUAGACAUGACCCCUUAAUUCUUGCUUUCGUCUCAUCUUUUGAGGAGAUUGGGAGCAUGGCAUUUACUAGUUGAACACAACAUUUAUUAGCUUAAAUCACUAACUUGACAUUUUCAAAUUACAUUUGAAAAAGGACAUUAUAAUUAAGACAUGGCUUUAGAGUAUCGUGACUUCAUAAAUCAAUAAAAAUUACUUAUUUUUUAAUUACAAAAUAUAUGUGGAAAAAAGUUAACAAGGCUAUUUUCAAGAAAUAUGAUAAGGACUAAGUUUUUCAAGUUAUGGUAAAAGCUAUGGCUAUAUCAUAAGAUAAAAAAUUAGUAAGAAAAUAUGUUAAAUAAUUAGAAUCCUUAUGGUAAGAAAGUGAUAAGUACAUGUUGUUGACAAUGAAAAAGAAAAUCUGAAAAUAGAGGACUACAUGUGUCUAUAUAGAAGAGGAGAAUAGGAGAGAAAGAUAAUGGGCCAUAAUGGGUUGAGAGUCUAAUGACACUAUUGAAUACUCUUUCUCAUACUAAAGUAUAUAAGUUAAAUAUGUCUAACUUGGUACAUGUGAUAUCAUAAGAGAUUUUGACUAAUUUUUUUGUGAAAAUGUUUGCAAACUGAUGAAAUGAAGCCACAUGAAAAGUAGAGAUGAAAUUAGACAUAAUCUUGUCUUAAAUCUAGUAACAGAUGAUCUCAAUAUACUUUGUAUGCUCAUGAAAUAUGUGGUUACCUCUAGUGUGGCUUAAUUGUCACAAUGCAUGAGCAUUAGAGAAAGAGAAGAUAUGUUGAGAUAUUUGAAAAAUGAUUGAAGCCAUACUAUCUCCCGUGUGGUCUCAACCAUGGCUCGAUACUUGAACUCCAUACUGAAGUAAGACACCACCCUCUAUUUUGAGACCAUCAUGUGAUGAGGUUACCUCCGACAUAUGCGUAGUAACCCAUAAUAGACUUUCGGUCGCCCUUGUCACCUAUAUAUUAGAAUAGGCUUUGACAUAGAGAUGGUUGUAUCAUUGAUCGAUGAGCGCUUUUCUUGAGACUCACUUGACGUAUGUUAGAACUCAUAAAGUUUGCUCCUAGUGAACUCGUCGCGGCUCUUAUAUGAAUUGACUCAGAAUACAAACCAUAUACAUGAUGUUGGGGAGAGUGACGGUGAGAUAUAUCAGCUUGUCCAACAAUUGUUUGUACCAAUUAAUGUCUUCAAAGAGUGGAGAAGAAGUGUCUUAAAACUAUGGAUGGCCUUCUAUGAGCAAAGUCUCCGACUUGCACCUAAGAAGUCUAGUCUCCUAAAGCAUGUCGAGAGCAUACUUCUAUUGGGUCAUGGUGAGUUUCUUGUCUUAGUAAGCAAACUCGAUCCCAAAAGAAUAACUUAGAGUCCUCAAGUCAUGAAUACUAAGGUAUUGUUACAAAAAAGUUUUGGUAAAAUGAAUGUCAACCUCAUCACUCUUAGUCACAAGAAUGUCGUUGACGUAAAUUGCAAAAAUGAUUAGGCCACUCUUAAUUUUUUUUGUGAGUACAAUGAGAUCCGUAAUGCAUGACGAGAAGCUAAAUAUGGUGAGAAGACCACUGAACUUGGCAAACCAGGUGCAUGGACUUUGUUUGAGCUUAUAAAUUGACUUCCACUAGAAACAUACCUUAGAUGACUCCCCAUGAACAACAUAGUUGCUCCAUAAAGAUUUAUUCUUCGAGAUCAUCAUAGAGAAAGGUGUUAGAAAUAUCUAAUUGGUGGAGAGAUUAUACUUGAUUUACAAUGAAAGAGAGGAACACUUAGACAAAAGCGAGUUAGACGAUGGGGGAGAACAUCUCAGUGUAGUUGAUGUCAUAUGCUUAGAUAAAGCCAGAAGCAACCAGACAAGCCUUGUGAUGUGUAAUAGGGCCAUAUGGAUGGUAUUUGAGUGUGAACACACAUUUGUACAUGAUGAUGUUGAUGUCUAUCAGAUAAAGAAUUAGUGUCCAAGUCCCCAUAGAUAUUAAGGCAUCCACUUCUGAGUCCAUGACCGCCUUUCACUUAGGUACUUGUGUCACCUCAACAUGCGAGUAGAGAAUCAACUCGAAGGCCACAUAAAAGGCAAAGGUAUGAAAAGAUGGGGAAAUGUGAUUGUAGAAAAUGAUGUGAGAGAUGGGGUGUUAGGUACAAACAUCAAUAUCUUUGUGUAGAGAGAUGGGAAGAUGAAUAUCGUCUUGAUGAGCACCGGGGACAUCAGUGGGAGGCACAUGCAGCUUGGUGGAGGAGAGAUAUGAUAAAUCUACAACCAAAGUAGAGGAGUCCAAUAGAGACAAAGAGCCAAGAGGAGAAGUGUUGGUGGAGAGAACAAACUAGAGGGAGCCAAAGGAGACAGAUAUGCAAGGACCACUAAGGAGAGAAUGCAAGGUGGAGGAGAGGCGGAAGCUUGAGAAGAAGGGAAGGUAGAGGAGAAGAAGGGAGACUCCUCAUGGAAGGUGACAUUGGCCAAUGUAACGUAGCGACAGAUGUUAGAAAAGUAAACUUGAUAGUCAUUUAUUUGAGAGUAGUCGACAAAAAUAUAUUUGAGAGCACAAGGGAUGAGUUUGAAUAGGAAAAGAGAGUGAUCCUAAAUGAAGAUAGUGGAUUCAAAGACCUGAAGAAGAAGGGAAAACAUAGGUGAGGUAGUAGGAGGCAUUAAAGGAGAAUGACCCCACUUAGAAGAUCGGAGGAAAGUUGAUUCUAGAGGUAAGUGAUUGUCAUGAGAGCGUCAAUCUAUAAAUAAUAUAACACAUUCAUCUCAAGAAAUAUGGUGUGAGUGAUGUCAAAUAGUUGACGAUGUUUGCACUUAGUGACACCAUUCUAUUACAAGGUAUAAGGGCAGGUGGUCUGAUGGAUAAUGUUACAAUCAGCACAAAAGGUUGGGAGAGAGGUUUAGACAAAUUCAAAGACAUUGUCAAUGUGAAGAAUUUUAGGCAUAGUAAAAUAUUGAGUGACGACCUCUAUGAUAAAGUGGGUAACAAUAAUGACAACUUUGGAGUGGUCGUGUAAGAGGUAUACCUAACUCACAUAAGUAUAGUCAUAAAUAAGAACAAUGUAAUAUUAGUGGCCUAAGAGUAAAAGAGUAUAACAAAAGACUUUAUACAUCAUAAUAGAUGAGAUCAAAAGGGACAAAAAAGGGAAUAUCAUCACGACUAAGGUAGGAAGAACUGUAGUGUUUAUCUAACUAACAUGAUUCACACACAAACUUCUUAAAAGAAAACUAUGAUAAGGUUUUUUGAAGUUUCUCAAAAUAAGAUGACCUAAUCGUCAAUACUAUAAGAGGGAAGAAGUGGCAAUAGAAUCAACAAAAAGGACCUGAAGGUCAAAAGAGGGUUCAAUGGAAAUGAGCUCAUAGACACUUCGUCUGUUCUCAUAUUCCAAACUAAUCCUCUAUCUAAUGUGUACAUCCUAAAAAGUACAAUAAAAAGAAAAAAUAGUAAGAAUACAAUUAAGGUUAUGAAGAAUGAUGCUAAUCAAACGAAGGCUCACAUGAAAGUCAAGAACGUAGAGGACUUACUAGAGGGAAAGGUUAGGAGUGACGAGAAUAGUGCCACAACCUUUGAUCAGACAAGUCUAAUCAUCGGCAAUGGUGAUGGAGGGAUGGGAAGGGGUAGGUUGAUAUGAAGAUAAAAGGGAUGAAGUGCCAAUCAUAUAAGUGGAGAGGCCCCCUAGUCGAUAAUUCAUAGUGAUGAAGAGAAAGUAAGGAAAGUAUGUGUACUUGAUGUGGAGGGAGCUAGAAGCGAGGUAAGGUAGUAGAAGAAGAGGUGCUACUAAGACUAUAGAGAUUGAUGUAAUAGUGAAAUGCGUCAUACUCCACAGAUGUCAAGUUGAUGUUGAAAGUUGGGGACAUGGGGAAAAGUUUACCAAAUUGCUUCCAAUAUUUGUUAGCCUUGUAGUUCUACUUGCCGCAAUAGGGACAUGGGGGGAAGGAGUUGUGACUCUUCUCACGUGGAGAGGAUGAUUGUCCUCAAAGUGGGAAGAUGGGCCAUCAUCCCAAGCCCAAGGAGUAGCGACAAUGUAGUUGAGGAAGUCACGUCACCUAUGGAGGAAGGUGGAGAGGACAAGGAUGUACUAGUCAUGACCCAAAGUGCUGGAUAGAAGAUGGAGACGAUACUAAGUACCUGACCACUGGAGAGAAUGAAACCAUAGAUUUGGGAUGUGGUGGAAGGAUGAAGUCCACUAAGGCACACACCAACAUAUAACUCCUAGCAAUAACGCUAGAGCAUCAAGAGGUAUAAGGUGAGAGGUUUAUAAUUUUCACCUCUUAAAUGAGGGCAUGCAUGUGACUGUAGUGUGAUUGGAGAGAGAGAUCACCCUACUUACAAUUGAGGAGAGACUCAAAGUUCUCCACCACUCGACUGAUGUUUGUCCGGUUGACGUGCAUUGUUUUCAAAUUGUCCCAUAGAAGGUUGAUGUGACUUAGUCGUUAUAUAAUAAAUCACGUAAAUUUAAAAUUUAUAAAACUAGAAAAUAUGAAAUUUUAAAUAUUUAGAAGUAUUUUUGAAUAAAUAUAUCAAUUAUAAUUUAAUAAAACUUACAAAAAUAAUGAUACUUUUUCCAGUCGAUCAUAGGGAUGUAAUAUAAUAUCUAAUAAUUAUUUAUAUAUUUUUUAAAAUAAUAUUAUUUUUAUGGUUUUUAUACUAGGAAAUAAAUUUUUUUUUUACAAUUUAUAAAAAAGGAAAAUAAGGGUGCAGACGUCAAGAUGACUUGAGUGCUUGGCAAACACGAAUUAGAAGAAAAUAGAGUUUCGUCUAACGAUUCUUGAGUAAGUAAUUAUAGACGAUUUAAUUGAUCAAAUUAAGAUUUGUAAAAGUCAAAAGAAUUGUAAUUGAAUGAAGUAUAUCUUGGUAAAUUUAAAUCACACAAAUUAUCAUUAAAUAAAGUGAAAAUUAAGUUGAAAGCAAGAAAAAAGAGUUCCAAUAUUGUGACGGCGAUACGUCAGUGAUGCACUAGAAUCUUGAGUGUUUGAGAAGAUCGUCGUGUAAUGUCCAUAGCCUUGAAGGUUCUUCUUAGACAAAGACGAUGUGAGCAAUCUCUAAAUCUCUUUGCAAAGUCUAGAGAUCAAUAAAAUGAGUUGUCGAAUCGUCUUAAGUGGCUAUCACUUAAUAGAGUGAAAAAACAACAAUUUUACGACUCUCCGGCGGCUGUCACUAGAUAGAGAGGAGCUAGAUGGAGGUGGGGUGCAUGUCAGGAAGCUUCAUCCUUAGGUCCACAUAGUAAGAGAAGGUUCUUCAUCGCAUCUAAUAUGCUCUCAAGAGGUGGUGACUCAUCUCUCGACGGAUCGUCCUCUUCUCGGUGACGGCUUAUUCAUCAAUUAAUUAGAGAUGCUUUAAUCGAUAGAUUUGUGAUCCUUUUAUCGUGAAUUGUUCAACAAUUUUAGUAACAAUGCUUAACGAAUCAUGUUGACGAGAUUUUUGUCGAUGAUCCAAUGAUUCUGGUGGCUUAAUCCUUCAUUGGUGAUCUACAAGAAAGUCGUGAUGACCAGAUAAAAAAUAUGAGUUUUGGCUCUAAGAGAAUUUGAACCUACGCCAAUUGUCGACCCUUUUAAGGAAAGUUUUAAUGUGAGUUUAGUCCCACAUUGCUUGUGCGUUGAAGUUUCUUGCAAAUAUAUAGUAAUAUUAUAUUUUCAAUCAAGUCCCUUUCUCGUGCAUAUACAACCACUCUUUGCCCCAUAGUCAGUUGGUCACUGGUGAUGUGGAAGGGGAGUGGUGCACGAGCUCUUAUCAAUCCUAGCCGCUCGAGGCUCUACUUUCAUUUCCUCCCCAACUGCACUUUCGACCUGCUUGCAGGCUCAACUAGUAGGUAGGUGCACGAGUUUCACCAUAAUAGAGUGGCGUGCCAAAGGGGGCACUAGAAGAGGUUAAACAUUGUCUAGUAGGAGUUCUAAGGCAAGUGGGGAUGGAGACGAUGUAGAAGCCUUGAAGGAGGCUAUGAAGGUGUAGGUGCCGGUGAUAAAAUGAAAUAAAGGGUCAUUGAAAUCCCAAAAAUUAGUUGAUGAAAAAUAUUUAGAAUCAUGAAUUUACCAAUUUAAAAUACUAAAAUAGGUAAGUAAUGUGGUAAGUUUGAGGUCGAUUCACAGGGAAUGAUAAUUAGGCAUACUUAGUUACUAUUUAAUUUGAUUGAUAGAUUUAAAUUAAAUGAGUUCAAAGGAGAGACAAUGGCAAGUGAGAAUAAUUUUUGUCGUCAGAAAAAGGAAAAACAAAAAAUCAACAAUGUGGACAAUGCUAGAGAGGUGAACACACAUAAAAGACUUGUAAUGCGGAACCGAAACUAUAAAUCACUCUAUUUCAAACCUAAAAAUACUUUGAAUCCACGCUUGAUAUGGAACCUCAAUAUUGUUUCAUGCAAGCUGACAAAAUGUUAGGACAUUCAAAGUUAAGUACUUCUACCCCUAAAUAGUGACUUAAAUGUGUAAGGAUUUAUAUGAGAGAAUGGGAAUACACAUGUAGGGCUGUGAUUAAAUGAAGGUAUUUCUAUCUUUUUGGCCACAAUAAGAACAUACAAGUAUUUUUGACAGCUUUUGAUAUUUUCAUUUUAUGAUGUUUUUGACAGCUUUUUCAGCUAUUUUGACAGUAUUUUUGACAGCUAUCAAUAUGUUCCUUAAAUGUGUAAGUAAUUUUGACAGCUUUUGACAGUUUUUUUGACAGCCAUUCAUUUUGAUUUUUUCCUAAAAACUAUAAAAACAUACUAAAAAUUCUUGAAAUUCUAUGAUAUUAAUAAAAAAUCAAUUUUGACAGUGAAACUUAAAAGAAAAAUUCCAAAAAAUCUCUAGAAUAUUAAACUUCAUGAAAUACUCAAAGAAAUAAUAAAAAUUUAUUUUUUAAUAUGAUAGCAUGCGCCUUUCGGGUCAUAAUCAAUAUGUUAUGAGUCGAGGGAGCACGGAUGGUGCCGGAAUGACACGGGGAGGUCGCGGCUUGGAGACGGGUACCACCUGA